AUGUAUGAAAACCAGUACAAACACACACUCAGGCCCCCUGUGUGCUCACUGCGUUCAGCAGAAGAGAGCCAAACACAAGAGGAAAGAGGUGUCACACUAGAUGAAGGAAGCUCUAAGCUGCGGCAGUUCAGAGAGAACACAGCGAGAGAAAUGGAGGAGGACAUCAGAAAGAGGGGUUUGCUGUAUUUGCAGCAGCAGAGGUUUGGAAAGAAGUGGAGGAAGGUCUGGUCUAUACUGUACCGAGAGAGCACCUGCUCCAUCUCACGCCUGGAGUUCUUCGAGUGUAAAGACGGAUCGAGCGGGACGUUGGAGAAAGCCAAAUCCAAGCAGGAGAACAAAAAAGUCAUAAAGCUGAGCGACUGCAUCCGUGUGACGGACGCCAGCGUUGACGGCUGCCCGAAGGACUGCAAGGCCUUCCUGGUGGAGACCACAGAGAAGAUCUUUGUGUUUGCAGUUGAAACAGCUGAACUGGAGGACUGGAUCCAGAAACUGUGUGAAAUCGCAUUUCCUAUGAAAUGGGUUGAAAGAGGCACAGCACGGAAGGGCAGCUUUCAGACAGAGUCUGAUGAUGUUUCGAUGGCGGAUAACUCGCUGUACUCCGGCAGAGAAGCUGUCUCUUCAGCGAUGAAGGACUUCAAGGUGUCGAUGAGGCGUACAGAUGCUGCAGAGAGGUGUGGCCUCCGGGGACAUUACCUGUUACGCACCGACUUCGACAGCCUCCUGCUGAAAGAGCCGAAGACAGGAGAAGUGCUUUAUACGUGGCCAUAUCGCUACCUCCGGAGGUUCGGACGGGACAAGGCAACGUUCUCGUUCGAGGCUGGGAGAAGGUGUGACUCCGGGGAAGGCAACUUUGAGUUUGACACAAAGCAAGGCAACGCCAUCUUCCAGCAUGUGGAGUCUGCCAUCAACCAGCAGAGAGCCGGGCUGACACAACGACAGGGAUCAUAUGGUACCCUUGAUCGAGAACCUGUAACCCAAGCCUCCAAGUCCACACCACCCACAGAAGGAGGCCCUGUUUACAGUAUGCUGUCUGAUGGAGGGAUGAAGGACGUCCCCAAGCAGCCUUCACCCCAUCGCUCCAGACUGGAAACCCCAACAGACAAGCACCUGACUGGGGUCAAGAGUUUGAACCUUGACCAAAGGCCUCCGCCACGCAAGAACCAGGUCAAAAACUUCCGGAGCUGUCCAUUGGCCAACAGCGAAGACGAAACCUACUCCCGGGUCACGGCUCCUGCACCAGGCAGGGAGAUUCUGAGUGAGCAAGAGGAGCAGAGCCGGAUGCCAGGUCCGUCUUCCACGUCUGAAGACCCAGAGUACUCGCUUCCCUUCGACAACAUCGCCAAGAACAUCAUGGUGGACAUUUUGGCAGCGUCGCACCAACCACCUACCGUGAUGGAGCCUUGCUUGGGUACCAAAAAGCGAGCCGGCCAGGAGAACGUGGAACCCCUUUAUGAUAGUAUAGAUGAAUCUGCCAUCACAUCCGCGUUUUCACAUCACCCUAAAAGGCAUCCAAGCGCGUACCGAGUGGUGGAACACAUCUACGAUGAGCCCGAAGGUUGUGCCAGUACACCUAGAGCACCCACGUCACUCUACGAUGAUCCCGAGGAGGUCAAGGGUAACGCUUGGCAGAUGCUGGGCACUUUGAGCGACCCAAGUGGACACGAAUACCCUUACAAUGCACACAUAGAUGACUAUGCGGUUCCUAAACCUCCCAGGAGGGCCGUGAACCUAGUACAGGAACGAGGGAAUGAUGAAGAUGAGGACAGUUCGCCUUACGAUAAUGUGAUGUUGAAGAUGAAAGCUAAUACUAUCGUCGAAUAGCCCUGUUCAGGAGUCUCUCGUCUACUCGGCUCGGACUUAACAAGUAGACUCUGAUGCACAUCUCUGGUAACACUUCUUGGUCACGUGAUGAAGCCAAGUGACUAAUUGUGAAUUGAACUUCACUGCUGGUUGGCUGGUAGUGUUUUCCACCGAAGGGACUGUAUGAAAACCACAUAAGCUUGUAGAAACUAUGCUCUUCAACGCUGUUCACCGUGAAUAAUUGUUGCAAAAAAAAGAAAAAAAGAAGUCUGUUAUGUUUGGUGUGAUAAUAUAGUGUAUAUAAGAUCUCA